UGGGUUCCGUUAAGCGUAUGCAGAAAUGGCUCGACACACGUUUUUUUCAACUUAUGUACUCAGAAAUGUACCCGUCAGGACAGCUGUCAUAGUCCUGGCCAUGCUUAUCUUUUUCAAAUAUGUGUUCACGUGCCCUUGCACAACUCGCGAGACAACUCUCCUGCACUGCUGGCUCUACCUGUGUCUGCCAAUAGGCAUACUGUUCUUCAUUAUGAUCCUCAUCAACGCUCAGCUCCUGAAGAUGUGCAGAUGUUACGUAUGCAGAUGUUGCGUCAGCAGCCAGAGCAGAUGUUGUAAGAGUGAGUGCUGCGAUACUUUUGAAUGCUGCUGUUGUGCUGGGGGUUACUGUUAUCAUCCAGAACGCUGUGGACAGGAAGGAUGGUAUUAUUGUGGCAUUAUAUGGAAGCAUCUAUUCAAUGUCUUUUAUGCAGGAUCGCUGUGGAUAGUCGUUGCAUUUAUUGACGGGGAUUGGUACGUUUGCAUGCGGACCGUUAAUGUGAACGGUACCGGGGAGCAAAUUGCGUGCAAGGAUCUACCAACUCCAGGAGAAGCAGAGACUCUAAGAAAAUUUGACAGUGAAUCACGGGUAAUUGGCCUAAUUCUUAUUCUUGGCCUUUCAUUUUUGUUGACGAUAAGCUCAUCUCUCAUGACCCGAUGGAAGCCGUAUUAUAAAUCACUCUAUGAGGUUUAUCUGGAGCGAGAGACUUCAGCCAUUCUGGAGGAGAGACUACAUGAAAAAGCAGUGGACAGAGCCAAGCAUGUCAGUGAGAUUUCACUGAGAAACAUUCAGAAUCCACACAUGAACACCACUCAGGGCGAUGCACGUCAUGUUCAGUAUCAACCGUUAGGGAACACUGAAAAAGACGUGUGGCAUCAAAUAUCAGAUCCGGCCCUACAUUUAACAGAGUUUCCAUAGGCAA